UCUUUCUAUAGGAGCUGCUUAACAGCUGUGCUGUGGGGUGGGGAUGUGUGGUUCAGCACCCCUACGGUUGUGAACACCUCCAUGAGGAGGGCAGCCAUUUACAGCCGUUUACAGCCAUUUACGGCCACUUGCAGCCAUUUGCAGUCCUAUCCCCAUCCCCUCACACAGCGCGAUGCCGGCCCGCACCCCACAGCGGGCAAAAUGGCGGCGCGGGGCGUGGACAUGAACGGGGCCGGAAGGGGAGGGACGGAGCGACCGGUACCAAGAUGGCGGACGGCGAGGAGAGCGAUGCUGAGGUGCCGCGGUACCUGAAUGGCUUCCGUCCCGAUACCUGGGAGCAGGAGAUGGAGGCCAUCCCCAUGUUCAUGAGGCGCUGCCCCGACGAGAUCGACGCGGAGCGGCAUCCCGAGCUGGCCUGCCUGCAGUCCAUGCUGUUCGACCAGGACAAGGAGCCCGCAGCCUGUUCCAUCCCUAGGGCUGGUCCCAGCUCCGCUCGUGCCCGCCCCGCAGAGCUGGCCACCAUGUACAAGAACGAGGGCAACGCGUACUUCGAGGAGAAGGACUACGGCCGAGCAGUGCUGGCCUACAGCGAGGGGCUGCGGCAGAGCUUCGAGGACGUGGAGCUCCGAGCCGUGCUGCUGUCCAACAGGGCAGCCGCCAACUGCCGACUGGGUAACUACCGCUCUGCGCUCAAUGAUGCAACCCAAGCGAGAAAGCUGAAGCCCGACCACCUCAAAGCCAUCGUGAGGGGAGCUCUCUGUCACAUGGAGCUAAAGAACUACUCGGAAGCAAUAGCGUGGUGUGAGGAGGGCUUACGGAUAGAUUCAAAGGAGAAAAAGCUUCUGGAAGUGAGAGCUAAAGCUGACAAAUUAAAGCGAGUUGAGGAGAGGGAUGCAAGGAAGGCAAAGGCGAUGGCGAAGAAAGAACAGUGUCAAAAGGAGCGACUGCUUGCAGCAAUAAAGGAAAGAAAUAUCAAGCUCAAGGUUGUUGAGCCUUCAAAUGAGGAAGAGGAAAUAUCCAAUGCUCUGGCUGAGAUAAAUCUGAAUGGAUUCCUCUCUGACGGUGCCACAGGGGCAAAGGUGCACUUGGAUGCUGAUGGCAACCUAAACUGGCCUGUUCUCUUCCUGUACCCUGAGCACGAGCAGACAGACUUCAUUGAGGCUUUUCAUGAGAACUCCAGAUUUAUUGAUCAUUUAACGGUGAUGUUUGCUGAGUUACCUCCGUGGGAUUUAGAAAGGAAAUACCUUCCCAGUAAUCUCGAGCUUUAUUUUGAAGAUGAAGAAAGAGCAGAAAUGUAUGAGCUGAACCCAGAACACACAUUGCUACAAGUGCUGCAACACCAAAGGUAUUUUGUGAAGGCUGGGACUCCGACAGUGCUGGCUUUUGUGAAGAGUUCUCCUUUUUCUAAGAACUAUUUCCAUGGCAAGAAGGUGCAUCGGCUGUAAUGAGCGAGAAGGACCCAGGGAAAUCAUGUGCAAGAGAUUGCUGUUUAUGUCAGCUACAGCCAGCAAACUUCAGCUUGCACAGAAAUGCCUUGCACACUUCAGGGGAGAAAUAAUCUUGGCACACAGAGAAACUUCCAGCAAAGAAACAUAGAAGGAGAAUGAAGGGCUUACAAGAGGGGAUUAUUUGUUUAAAUAGAAAUCCAGCUGGCUUGCAGAAGGUCUCCUCUAUGACAGGCUGCAUGGGGUUUUGAAAUAAACCUGAAACGGUGCCAAACAUUGGCUGCAGCUGAAGCAACAGCAGCUGGGAAUGUACUUACCUGUGAAAAAUGGCUGAUUUCCUGCGAGGUGGGCUGUAGUUGCCAGGGUUUAACAGCAGUGCUCCGGGGUGAGUACCUGCCUGCUGCCACAAGCUGAAUGCAGCUGGGCGCCUGCAUGGGCCAUUGCAGCUCUGAGGAUUAGCAGCAGCUGGUUUUCUCUGCUCAGAGCUGCUGCUGGCCAGAGGAGAGCAGAGCUCUUUGUCUGAGUGGUGUGUUUUACUGCCUCUUUUGCUACCUCUAUAAGCUGGAGCUAGACGUGUCUAUUUUAAGCAGGCUGAUUCCUGCUUAAUAAAUGAAGUGAUCCUUUUUUCUCACCAGA